AUGUCAGUUCAAACAAGCUCCUCAUCAUCACUGGUUCCGAAUGUUGAAUUGCAUAACGGAGUAAAGAUGCCAAUAAUUGGAUUGGGAACAUGGGAAGUAAAUCAAUCUCCACAAUGUGAGCAAUGUAUAUUUAAUGCCAUUGAAAUUGGCUAUAGACAUAUUGAUACCGCCUGUAUUUACCGUAAUGAGAAAUUAAUUGGACAAGUUUUAAAGCAAUGUAUUUUCGAAUCUCCUCAGAAACAACAUUCCGAAAAUACUCACCAUUCAAAAUUAAAUCGUGAGGAUUUAUUUAUUACAUCAAAAUUACCUCCUACGAGAGUUCAAAGUGAAGACAUCAUUCGAGAAACUUUUAUGACAUCGCUUGAAGAGUUGCAGUUAAGCUAUUUAGAUUGUUAUUUAAUUCAUUGGCCUGGGACGAGCAAAUUAAAAGUCACAAGUGAUCAAAAUAGACUUAAUAGAAUUGCUACUUGGCGUGUUUUAGAAAAACUCUAUCGGGAAGGUAAAACAAGAUCAAUUGGAGUGAGUAAUUUCACGUAUCAACACAUGAUUGAGCUUUUGGAAGACAUUCAAUCCCGAGAAGAUGGAAUUAUCCCUCAUGUCAACCAAAUUGAAUAUCAUCCUCUCUUAUACAAGACUCAUGCUCAACUCGAAGAUUUAUGCAAACAACAUUCCAUAAUAAUUCAAGCUUAUUCUCCACUUGCUCACGGUGAAUUAAUGCAAGGAAAAUAUGGACAAGUAACGUCGAGAGAAUGUCUUCAAUGGAUUUUGCAGAGGGGACAUGUCAUACUUCCACGCAGCAUCAAACGAAACCACUUGGAAGAGAAUUUCAAAGCUGUAACCGAUUGGGCCUCGAAUAUUAUUGAAGAUCAAAGCCGUUUGAAACGAUUGGAUCAGCUUGUGGAAAAUGAAGUCCGAAUUUGUUGGAAUCCAGAAACCAUCAAGUAA